UCCGUCACUCGAACGCGCGGCGAGGCGGGAAGAUGGCGGAGUCCGGCCGCGGCGGCGGCGGCGGCGGCGCGGGCGCCGGCGGUUUCGGCACGAGCCCGGGUCCCGAGCGCCCGAGCAGCCUGGCCGACAAGAAUGGGGCCAAGUGCACCUUCUCAGCACCUGGCCAUAGUGCCAGCCUUCUGCAGGGCCUGGCUGCCCUUCGUGCACAGGGCCGCCUCCUGGACGUCACCCUGACCGUGGGCUCGGAAAUCUUCCGUGCACACCGCGUGGUCCUGGCCGCCUGCAGCGACUACUUCAGGGCCAUGUUCACUGGCGGCAUGCGGGAGGCGCAGCAGGAGGUGAUCGAGCUCAAGGGUGUGUCUGCGCGAGGCCUGCGGCACGUUAUGGACUUCGCCUACAGCGCUGAGGUGACUCUGGACCUGGACUGCGUGGAGGACGUGCUGGGCGCCGCUGUGUUCCUGCAGACGCCUCCCGUGGUGGCGCUGUGCGAAGACUUCCUCAAGGCCGCCAUGAGCGUGGACACGUGCCUGCACAUCGGCCACAUGGCCGCCACCUUCAGCCUGGCCUCACUCAAAGAGUCAGUGGACGCCUUCACCUUCCGCCACUUCCUGCAGAUCGCGGCUGAGGAUGACUUCCUGCAGCUGCCGCUGGAGCGCCUGGUGUUCUACCUGCAGAGCAACCGGCUGCAGAGCUGCGCCGAGAUUGACCUGUUUCACGCCGCUGUACGCUGGCUGCAGCACGACCCGGCGCGGCGACCACGUGCCAGCCACGUGCUCUGCCACGUGCGCUUCCCGCUCAUGCGCUCGAGCGAGCUGGUGGACAGUGUGCAGACGCUUGACCUCAUGGUGGAGGACGUGCGCUGCCGCCAGUUCCUGCUGGAGGCCUUCAACUACCAGGUGCUGCCCUUCCGCCAGCAUGACAUGCAGUCGCCACGCACGGUUGUGCGCUCUGAUGUGCCGGCACUGGUGGCCUUUGGAGGCACCCCAUACACGGACAGCGACCGCGCUGUGAGCAGCAAGGUGUUUCAGCUGCCCGAGCCUGGUGCGCGUCAUUUCCGCGAGCUCACAGAGAUGGAGGUGGGAUGCAGCCAUACCUGCGUGGCUGUGCUUGACAACUUUGUGUACGUGGCUGGCGGCCAGCACCUGCAGCACCGCAGUGGCGAGGGUGCCGUGGAUGUGUGUUACCGCUAUGACCCGCACCUGAACCGCUGGCUACGACUGCAGGCCAUGCAGGAGAGCCGCAUCCAGUUCCAGCUUAAUGCGCUGGGCGGCCUAGUCUAUGCCACAGGCGGCCGCAACCGUGCUGGCAGCCUGGCCUCGGUGGAACGCUACUGCCCCAGCCGCAACGAAUGGGGCUAUGCCUGCUCGCUGCGGCGCCGCACCUGGGGCCACGCGGGUGCCGCUGCGGGGGGCCGCCUCUACAUCUCAGGGGGCUACGGCAUCUCGGUGGAGGACAAGAAGGCUCUGCAUUGCUACGACCCUGCGGCUGACCAAUGGGAGUUCAAGGCGCCCAUGAGUGAGCCACGCGUGCUGCACGCCAUGGUGGGUGCUGGCGGCCGCCUCUACGCGCUGGGCGGCCGCAUGGAUCACGUGGACCGCUGCUUUGAUGUGCUGGCCGUGGAGUACUAUGUGCCGGAGACUGACCAGUGGACCAGUGUGAGCCCUAUGCGUGCUGGCCAGUCGGAGGCCGGCUGUUGUCUGCUGGGCCCCAAGAUCUAUAUUGUGGGAGGCUACAACUGGCGCCUCAACAAUGUCACGGGCCUCGUGCAGGUGUACAACACUGAGACUGACGAGUGGGAGCGCGAUUUGCACUUCCCCGAGUCCUUCGCGGGCAUUGCCUGUGCACCCGUGCUCCUGCCUCGAGUGGUAGAACCUGCAUCUGGCCCUGUGCCUGGGCCCAGCCCCGCCCCCGCACACAGGUAGCCCCUCACUUCUCCUACCCAGGACCCACCCACCCAGCCCGCAGAGCUCUGCCUACCCAGGGCCUGCCCACCCAGCCCUCAGGACUCUUCCACCCAGGACCCGCCCACCCAGCAGAACUCUGCCCAGCCAGGACCCACCCACCCAGCAGAGCUCCGCCUACCCGGGACCCACCCACCCAGCCUGCAGAGCUCCGCCCAUCCAGGACCAGCCUACCCAGUCCACAGUGCUCUGCUCACCCCGGACCCACUCACCCAGCCCUCAGGACUCUCCCAUCCAGGACUCUCCACCCAACCUUCAGGGCUCUGCCCACCAGGCCCUUCCCAGCACACACCUGGGCAGCAGAGCUCCGCCCACCCUGUAUGCAGGGCUUGCUCACCCAAGACCCUCCUGGUCUGCAAGGGCCCAAGCUGAGGGACAGCAAACUCCUGGGACCCCUUGCCCCUAUUGGGCCCCCUCUGCCACUGACCUCCAGACUCUGAGCGCUCCUGCUACCUCUCUCAGUGGCCUGUCGCCUUUGGCCUGCAGAAGCUGAACCCCCAGGCACCUGCUCUGGUUCUGUCCCUCCCCCUUUAGCCUUGAUCUGGGGGUGAGGGGCUUGGAGGUUGGGGGGGUCACACCUCUGUCCCUGUGCUGCCUCGGUGCCAAGGGCCAGUCUGACCGAGGCCCAGGAGCUGCCAUGGGGCUGUGCCUGUCUCUGGAGGAUGCCCCUGGGCCUGCUCCCAGUCACCAGCCCUUUCUUUAGGGGUGCAGUUGGCCUAGAGAUCAGCCCCUCAGACUGGUCAAUGGGCCGCAUUGACCUCGGGCAGCUCUGAGGGUUCCUUUGCUGCUACCCCCAUCCCUGAUCAUGCAGAGGAUUCACUUCACACCUCGGUUGAUGCUGACCCCCCAGUCCCUUUAAUAAAAGGGUUUAGUGGAAAGGGGAGCAUGCCCAGCACUGAGCCGCUGGGCCCCCCAAUCAUAUCCCUGGUGUCUGGCUAGGCGCCUCACCCCUCUGCUUUCCCUAUUGGUGGCAUUUCUGGGGGAGGGGCUGCCCAUGCUCAGGACUGGGGUGGGCGGGUAGUCAGUGGGCAGAGUGGCAGGGGCAGGCUGUCUGCUCAGUCCCAGGGUGCAUCCCUUCUGGAGGGCUUGGAGUUCUGAGAUCAGCCCCCCUCUCAAAGCCCCCCUCAAAUGCUCCUGGGGGUAUGCGCAAGGGCUGGGCGCAGGUCUUGGGAGCUGGUGAUUUGGUUUGAUCUGGGCACCUCCUACCCCCACCCCAAAGCACUGCUGGGGCAGCCCCAAGGGCAGAGCAAGAGUCACCCUUGAGCACCACUGGGCAGGUACCCAAAACAUCCCCAAACAACGAACUUACCUGGGGCCUGGCGCCCUUACUCUGGGGUGGGGGCGGGGGCACGGGUGCUAGCCUUGGAAUUUGGUUGGGAAUCAGAAAGGAGUCCAUGAUGCCAGGGGCAUCGGAAAGCUGUGGCCCAUGGGGACUUACUAGAACAUUCCAGCCCCUUCCCCUCCUCCCACCCUAAUUCCUCUCCCUGCACAGGGGCUGGGGUGGGGAGGGGGACAGGGAGAACCCUUUGCCAGCUCCAAGUCCCCCAUCAGCUCACACCUCAGAACAUCUUGUCCCCAGCGAGCUGGCAGGGGUGCGACGGGCGGGAGCUCGGGCGUAUCUAACGGGGCGAUUGUGCAGAACCGUCUGGACUGGCGCAUGGAAUGUUCUUGAGGGCCCCUGCCCCUCCCGCUCCUCCACCAUCCCCCCAAAGCAGUCGCCCGCCCACCUCCCCCCUUCCCCCGCACCCACGAAAGGAAAAUUAUUUUUCGUGUUGUAAACUUUAAACACGAAAAAGCUGGUUUUAAUUUAGCGGAAACUGGCUUGAAUCUUCACUCUGAAGAAUCGCGUCCUGCCGAGAAAGGCGGACGGCGCAUGCGUCCAGCCCUGCACCCUCGCGCCCUGGGACCCCCGCGUGUGUGUGCACGCGCGUGCCCCUCACCCCCACUCGCCGCCGCCGCGGCCCCCCACCCACCCAUGGCUGCCGUGGCUGCCGCCGUGGCCCGAGCGCGGAAGCCGCGCGGCCAGAUGUCGCGGCAAGAGCUCUCGCACCUGGGCCUGGCUGUGGGAAAAGACCGCUCCCAGGGGGGCCGGUGGGCCGCGGGCCCGGGAGGAGGCAGCCAAGUGUGACUUAUGGGGUCGUUCCCGGAGCAGGGCCGGGGCCCCCCAGGGACCGCGUGCGCGGGGAAUCGGCAGCAGCCGGGCCAGCUUGGACACGCGCCCCUGGCUUCGCCUCGGGAACUUGCUGUGUUCUCACGGGCCCAGCCCCGCUCUCCGCUCCCCACCGCGGCCCUGGCGCUGGCUUCUGAGGGGCACCUGGGCUGGUGCGUGCGGCGCCCGGCCGGGGGUUCGGGAUUGGGGGCUGGGACUGCCCUCCUGGCGACCCCACCAGGUCCAGGUUGCCGCUGGCCCUGCUGCCAGCUCGCCUUCCUGGCUCCCAGCUUUAUGCCUCACCAGCCUGGGGCUGGGAGUUAAACUGGAACUUGGCUGGGCCCGCUGCGGGCUAUUGGGGUCUGGGCACCUUUCCCAGCUCUGGCCAGCAGGCUUGGUUUGUGUGCGUGUGUGUGUGUGUGUGUGUGUCUGUCUGUCUUGGGGUAGGGGUGGGCUCCUGGAUGCAGAUUUGGGGACUUGGGGAGAGAUCCUCUGUCCCCUUUUCAAGCAGGCUUGGUUUUGUGUGUGUGUGUGUGUGUGUGUGUGUGUGUGUGUGUGUCUUGGGGUAGGGGUGGGCUCCUGGAUGCAGAUUUGAGGACUUGGGGAGAGAUCCUCUGUCGCCUUUUCAAACUGUCCUUGCUGCUGCUUCCAUUGUGGAUGCUGUGCCAGGAGCUUCUGCAGCCAUCUUGUGGCCAUGAGGGGCAAGUCAAGGCAGUGCUGGCCCAGCCCUGCUCCCAGACCCGCCUCCCCUUCCUGAGGGUGUGGGGUUUUUGUCAGCGGACCAGGAGCUGGGGGAGGGUGUGGAAGGUGGGAGAAUCAGUCUUCCCAAAACAGCAAGAUUUUCUGGAUGGAGCGUCUAGGGGGGUGGGCUGCGGAGUUUUUUUGACCUCUGUUGCUUGGCCCUGAGGCCACCUCUGUAACCACCUUAUGGGCACAAAGGCCUGAGCUCGAGUCCUGGGAGCUCCAUGGGGGCACCCAGACAUCUAUGCCUUGUGCUAGCUGUGGGCGAAGACCUUGCCUCACCCUGCCUGAAGCCAGCCCAGACAAGGCCCGGUGUCAGCCCCCUGGGUUCCUCACUCCCCUCUCAGCUCCCCCUGCCUACUCACCCCCAGGCCAUGCAGGUACCCUGUUCACCCCCCAAUAGUGUGGGUGUCCCCUAGGAUACCCAGGGUUCCAAAUAAGUUAAUGUAGACAUGCCAGGCCAAGUGACCAUACACCUGUAAGGUACAGAGUUCAGAGUUUCCGGCCUAUCUCUGCUCUCUCUCGCUCUCUCUCUCUCUCUCUCUCUCUCUCUCUCUCUCUCUCUCUCUCUCUCUGUCUGUCUUUCUGUCUCUGUCUAUGUGUCUCCUUCACUGUCUGUCUCACUCUCACGUCUUUGACUCUUUGUCUCUCUCUGUCUCUCUUUCUCUCUCCUCUACCCCAUUGAGCAGGGCAGGGCUCUGUCCUCUGGUCACCAUGGGUUGGAGCUGGGUUUGGGGUUGCUCCUGAAUUUGGAGGUUUUUAUAGGAGGAGCAUGUGCAAUGUUCCUGGGGCAGGGCCAGUGGGAUAAAGAGCAGGCUUGAAGCAUAAUGAGCUGAACAAAGAAGGGAAAAAAAGUGCUGCCUGCAUGCCAUGGAACGUGGCUCUUAGUGCUCACCCGGAUAUGCGGCAGGAGGACCCAGGGUUGGGUGAGCCCAACAGGUGAGGCAAGAGCAUAGCAGCUCUCCUUUUGGGUCAGGAGGUGCUUUCUGGGGGAGGAAGUAUUUGCCGUGGGUUUUGAGGGAUGAGUAGGAGUCUCCAAGGCAGAAAAGGAAACUCACUCAACCAAAGACUGAUUUACCAACUCCCUGGCUGUACCUUGCCUCUUGUCAGGUCACCAGAGGAGCACAGACAAAGCUCUGCAGAGGUCCUGGGCGCUGGGUGAGCAGGGAAAGGCCCUGUGUGUCGAGACGUGAGCUCAUUCAGCACUGCUGCCAGGCCGCAGAGGGAAGGACUGCAGGAGCCGUGCCUGGAGAGGAAGGGGAUAUUCCCUGUCCAGGGGGCCUGAGGUUAGGUCAGAGCCAGACUGGGGACUAACCAAGACCCAGGCCACCCACCACCCCCUACUUGAGCCCAGGGGUCCAUGGCCAGAGAGCACAGUCUGGUCACCAAGUGCACUUUCGCAAUUGGCAUGCUGGCGGCUUCCUCUGAGUCAUCCCUGGGGCUCAGGACAGAUCGAGUUACGACCGGAUGGGGAUGCAAUGGAGGGAAGCAGGGGUCCAGCCCUGCACCCUGUAUGCACACCCUUUCUGUUGCCCCUAUGUCUCCCCGUGCCACCAUUCUGCUUGGCCACCACACCCCUGCUAGGUGCUCAUCACACCCGGACCAUUCCAACCAAGACAGCAACGACUUCCAUUCCUGCCCCUGGCCCCUCCCUCGCCUAUUUCCUCUUCCCAGACAGGCAGAAAUGAGGAGGGGUCUACUGCAUAGAAGGUGGCUUCCCACACAAGACUCCCCCAAAAUGCGGUAUCAGUCCACGUCAGAGAGCCAUGCACCAUGGCUUCUGGUCGGCUUCCAUAGAGAAAGGGAAUCCACCAUUGGCUCAGGUAAUAAGGAAUGAGCUCCAGGCAUGACUGGAUCCAGGAGCCCAGACCAUGUUUUUCUCUGGCUUUCACUCUCAGUCCCUGUCUUGACCUGCUGAACUCUGCCUGACACUGGAGACUGGUGUUAUCCCCUCAAACCAGCAAACCAAGCAAAGAGACUUGCUUUUCUCCACGACUCAUCCAAAGAUUGCAGAGCGGCAUGUCCUUGACAGAAUGGGCCAUAGGCUGUCUGAGCAACGGGCCAGGCAGGCAUGACAUCUUCCUAUGUGGGACAGGGGAGAAGGAAGUCAGGGAGGGACGUGAAUAUCCCAAAGGGGAGGUGGUCAGCUACAAACUUCAGAAGAGUGGACAGAGAGAUGUUUGCUAAGCACAAAGGCACAGGGUCCCCCAAAACUUGUGAACAAGAAAGGCAGUGUGGGGAUACCCUGUAGGGGCACCCAGGAUCCUCUCUGCAGUUAGAUCAGCUGUGGCAACCAGUCAGUUAUUGUGAAUCAGAGUGAAGAAAAGCCUAUUUGAAAAAUGUGGGUGGGGGCUGGAGCGAUAGCACAGCGGGUAGGGCGUUUGCCUUGCACGCGGCCGACCCGGGUUCGAAUCCCAGCAUCCCAUAUGGUCCCCUGAGCACCGCCAGGGGUGAUUCCUGAGUACAUGAGCCAGGAGUGACCCCUGUGCAUCGCCGGGUGUGACCCAAAAAGAAAAAAAAAAAUUAAAAAAAAAAAAAAAAGAAAAA